AAGAACAGCAACAACAACAGCUUGGCAUGCAAAAAACAUGGACGCCGCAUUAUUCAAAGUCGAGUUCAGCGAAGCAUUCGAAAGCCUCAAAACGGCAAUCUCAAAUGCCGACAAGAAGGUUUUAGCUAUUGUAGGAUGUGCUGUUGGCUCUUACGCGGCCUAUCAAGCUUUAGAGUACCUAAGCAUGUCCGGAAAAAGUAACAACACUCUACUGAUUCAGAUGCAUGACAAAGUCAGGGGAUUUUACAACAGUGGAUAUUUGAUGAAACUUAGACACUUUUAUUACGAUCCCAGCGCAUUUGUUGUGAAUUAUGGCUCCUAUGGUGUAUUACCAAAGCCAGUGUUGGAAUUUAAACGAAAAUUGCAGGUUGAAAUGGAACUGUGCCCCGAUGAAUGGUUCUUUCUCAAAUUAAGAGAAAAAUGGGACAAAAGUUGCCAAGAGCUUGCUGAUGCUGUUGGAUGCAACGUGCAUAAUAUUGCAUAUGUUCACAAUGUAACAGAUGCCAUAAACUCUGUUAUUAGGUCAACUCCAUUGGGCUUUACAGAUGCUGUGUUGAUUACAAAUCACACCUAUGGAGCCAUAAAAAAUACAGUUGACUAUUACACUUCAAAGGGAGGUGCAAGAAUUGUGGUUCUAGAUAUUCCAUUUCCAAUUAAAGAUGAAGAGAGUAUCUGUGAUUUGUAUAGAAAAAUCAUAAAUAAAAAUCCUGACAUAAAAUUGGCUAUCAUUGAUCACAUUACUAGCUCUAGUGCUUUGAUUAUGCCAAUUAAGAAACUGGUAAAGAUCUGCAAGAAGCAUGGUAUAUUAACUUUGAUUGAUGGUGCACAUGCACCAGGCCAGUUAGCUCUGGAAAUAGAAAAGAUUGAUGCUGACUUUUAUGCCGGCAAUUUACACAAGUGGCAUUAUGCACCAAGAGGAUGUGGUUUUAUAUGGGCAAAAACAGAAUUUCUGUCAACCCUGGAUCCAAGUCUUGUUUCUCAUAAUUAUAACAAAGGGUUCCAAGACAAGUUUUACAAACAAGGCACUGACGACUACACAAAUUAUUUGGCUGGAGGUUAUGCGGUCAGCCAAUACUACCCCUCUAUUGGUGGUUUGGAACAUCUUUAUCAAACAAUGGUUCCUAUGAGGCAAUGGGCAGCACAGCAUUUCAGAAAAAUGUGGGGCACAGAGUCACCAACCAUCCCAUCUACAAUGCAGGCACCCUACAUGGAGAUAGUCAAAAUGCCAGAAGCCAUUAUUAGUUACUAUGGUGUCACACCACAGGGUGCAGAGGAAUGUAAAGUCACAUUAAUGAAAGAGUACAAUGUUUACAUGAUGGUGUCUGCAGUGAAUGACGCAUUGUGGUGUAGAGUAUCAUGCCAAAUAUUUAGUACAAAAAAGGAAUACUACCGGGCAGCACAAGCUGUAAUGGACUUAGAAAGCAUCAUUACUGGCAAAGUUAAUUAAAUCAUCAUUCAAAUCUGUUUAAAAACAGAUAAGCUUGUCUUAAAAUAUACUGGUGGCAGUUGAUGGGUUUAUCAAUAAUUUUUGGAAUGACUUGUAGUUAUAGGUUCCUUGUAUGGUAGGUAAAUGGAAUGAAAGACUUUUAUCAAUUACAUAGUGCACAAUCAGAAAAGAUUUUCUCUGGACAACCAA